AUGUCUUUAGCUCACGUCGUUGUGCUUUUGGCUUUAUUUGACACUGGAGGCGCUGGUUGUAGCAGAUCAGAUUGGAUGGAAAAGUUUAAAAAAGAGGGAACUUCAACGUGCAAUGACCUAAAUGAUUUUAUCUCUGGCUUUUAUCGAGCUGCCUUGGUGGUUAUUAAUGAGGACAGUAUAGAAUUAAUAGAAGGAGUUGAAUGUUGUUCGAGAACUUCACCAUGGGAGAAAUCUAAAACACAAACAAUGAUUGCUAAUUGGUGGUACUCGUUUAAUAAAGACGACUCCUGGUCAAUCUGUCCUCCUGGUUAUUUUCUUAACGGUUUUUACAGAACGAAAGACGCUGACCGUGGCUAUUUGAAUAACAUAGAAGAGGGACGUUGUUCUAAACCAGUUGACCACCCAGCAUACUAUGGUCACUGUUAUGACCACGAAGUUGGGAUCUGUUUUUCUGACAAAGGUUUGUGUAAAUGUAAUGAUGGUUACUAUGUCACUGAUUUGUUCAAGGCGAACUGUAAAAAACUUUAUUGUAUAAAGACUUUGCGAUGUUGCAAGCUGGCGUCAGCACCAGAAGUACUGGACGAUCUCCAUAAGGUGAAGACACGCAUCAUGGACACUACAAUGGAAGACAUAGCUAUUUUGGCGAAUUAUCUCGGUUAUGGUUGGUGUGGAGGUUGUAGAAGCCAGUAUGUUGGCGAGGAUUUUAUUAAAAACGGCGACACAUGGCUCUCUAGUACAAAACAACCUUGUGAUGGGUAUAUGCAUAAUCAACGUCUCAACCUAGCCUAUGGAGACUGGAGUUUUGGUAUAAAAGACAUCAAAUAUGGAACGCCUUUAAUUGAAGAUUUGACGCCUGAAACGAUAGACUCAGGAGUUCUUACAAACAGCGAACCGACAAAUUCAUCACAGAGUGUCACACGAACUGAAAUCAUUGCGCGUGCUGUCACCCAUACGACAACCAGCGCUUGGAAAAACAGCCAGGAACUGAAUUUCGGAAUCUCUUACACACCGCCUGGCGGACCUACUGUUUCUGUUGGGUAUAAGUUUGGAUUUGAAACAAGUUCAUCGCAAACAGAUGAAAACAGAAGGGAGCAGACGAAAUCCUUUACAAUGGUUUACAAGCAUAAGCCGACAAAGAAGUCUUCCUCUAUCAUCUCAAUAAAGAUAUACCUAAGAAGUAACACUCAGUCGUAUUGCAUACUGGAUAUUUACCUGGAUGAACCAAAGACUCAGCUGGGGAUUAGAUAA